CUCUAGCAUCAGCACCUCCAAACUGAACAAGACGGCUGGGAAAGGAUGCUCUCCGGUCCGCGAUGCUCACCAGCUCGAGGACACUUAACGAUGAGACGACUCACCGAGGGACGCUCGAGCGUCCGGGUAUAGUGAGUGCUUUAUGCACGUUUAUGCUGCCUCGCUGCCUCCAUUCAUGAUGCACCAUUCAUGCAUCCCCAAGAAUGGAAGCACAUUGCGAGGAAAACAUUAAAAUAGCCUGCUAUAGCCCCACUGUCUCGCCUUUAUGAGACACAUCAUUGCUCAUUUGACGAAGCUUCUUUUCAUGUAGGUCAAGGUGAUGAAGAGCCCGAUUUUGUCUUUUGAGGGCGCCGCGCGAAUGUAGGGCUAAUACAGGAAAAGCCAAGCAAACAAAAGGCAUCCAGCCCCCCUCCUCUGACGCACCUGGCUGCCCUGUCGCCACUUGACAUGACAGCGCAGAGCCGGGAGCAGAGCAGCAGGAUCAAGGGGCACCGACGUAGAGCCGGACGUGUGGACUCGACAAGGAAUAGAGGAGCCUCCGGACGCACGGCGGAGAAGCAGCAGCAGCCCAGGGGAGGCCGGAUUGCAGUUUCUGGGGACGAGCGCCAAGGGCAGUGCGGCAGUCAGCAGGCAGACCGGGGGGAGGAGGCUGCGGAGAUCUGUGAUACUUCCCCCCCAGGCCCCACUGGGCUCUCACCUCCAUAUCAUCCUGAAAAUAUGACGGUGGACGCUUGUAUGGUUGAUGAAUGGUGACUGUGAUACUCCCCAUCUUUUUAUCUCCUUUUUCCCCCCUUCCCAACCAGUCAGUAAUGAUGCUCAAGUAAAAGAUCUGCUCUUCAGGCAAGGGUGGACCCCGCAGGGGACCGAUGUGCAUACUGGCCAGGUAUCAUUUGCUCCCUUCUUCUCUGGUUUUGCUCAUUUUGCUUGUCGCCUGCACUAUGGGCUGUAUUCAGAGCAUCGCAUGCAAGCCCCGCAUCAGACGGGAGAACAUUGUGGUGUACGAAGUGUCAGCCUCUAUUGACCAGUGUCCCACCAUCAUCGAGGAGAACUCACCGAUUGUUCUCCGCUACAAGACGCCUUACUUCAGGGCCUCAGCAGGAGUUGUGAUGCCGCCAGUGCCCCGCAAUGAAACCUGGGUUGUGGGCUGGAUCCAGGCUUGUACCCAGAUGGAAUUCUACAACACCUAUGGUGAUAUUGGCAUGUCCAGCUGGGAGUUACCUGAGCUGCGAGAGGGUCGGGUGAAGGCUAUCAGCGACUCAGACGGCGUCAGCUACCCCUGGUACGGCAACACCACUGAGACAGUCACCCUGACCGGACCCACGUCCAAACCGUCCCGUCUGACGGUCAGCAUGAACGACAACUUCUACCCCAGCGUGACCUGGGCAGUGCCCAUCAGCAACAGCAACACGCCCAUGCUGACCCACAUCACCAGGGACCAGAGCUUCAUCACCUGGCUGGUGGCCAUGAACUCCAUCACCAAGGAGCGAAUUGUGUUGCAGACGGUGCGGUGGCGGAUGCGUGUGGACAUUGCUGUGGACCCUGACAUGCCUCUGGGCUCUCGGGCCUCAUUGGUGGGUCGUCCCUACCAGGAGCAACCACACAUCCUCAACUACCAGGAGCCCAUCCCUCCCAACGCACUGGGGAGGCCGAAUGCCAACGAUGCCCAAGUGCUAAUGUGGAGGCCACGGAGAGGGGCGCCACUAGUGGUCAUACCACCAAAAUAAGAGGGUCAAAUGGUUGCACAGACAAAAGUAUAAUUGUUCCCUCUUGCCGUAAAGGUGAUGAAGUCAUGAAGCCUAUCAGGGAAGAGAGAACUGAUGGUUUCCCUGCGCUCGAGAUGCCAGUGGCUCAUAAUCGCUGAAAGAUUUAAGUGGACCCUGAUGACAAGCCUGAGUGGAUGUUUCAUCUAGGAUCUGACAGCACGGUGUCACAACAGAAGUCGACAACAGACUAGUGUCAAGAGCCCUGGUUGCAUCAAGGCUUUUUUGGCCCGCGACAAGUUUUGGACUGCAUUUAAAGAGUUCUGCCUGCUUUUUAGCGAAGAAGGAACGCUGUUUUUAGACGUAUCACAGAGUUAUUAGACCACAACGAGAACUGCAUCCUGCAUCCUAAUGUAGAUCUUAUUGCAUGAGAGAGUGAGAGAGACAAGACACUGUCCUUGAGAAGUUUAAGCAUAGCAUUUGUUUUGUAUACCUUGAUACCUGAAGACAUUUUGAUUGAAAAGUCAGCCAAAAAAAACAAACCUUGCGGGCUGGUUAAACCUCGUCAGUGCCAACAAAGGCCUUCAGCACACUCAGUACCAGAGUUAAAGGAUGUAUUCAGAGAAUUUAAAAGAGACAAAGUAUUAUAUGAAUCUUUUUAGGUUAAGAUUAACUCAUGCAUCAAUCAGAUUGUAUUAUGAGCACCCACCUUGUAUAAAAGUCUGGAAGAAAAAUCUGCUGGAGUUUUCACUGGAGUUUUGCUAAUACACCAAACUUAUGCACCAACAUAUUUUCAACUCCCUCGUUUCUGUUGUGCAGAUGAUAUUUUAUUCAGCUGGGUGAUAAACUAUCAGAGAGAGGAGCUGGACCUGUUACCACAGGAAAUACAUAAUGUAAGCUCUGCUUUCAUUAAGUGUGGUGUAAAUUACUUGUAAUGGUGCCAUACAACAAAUUGAAAAGGGUGAUAGAAUUGUAAUCUUCCUUAAAGGACAGUUCACCCCAAAAUCAAAACUACACAUUUCCCCUCUUACCUGUAGAACUAUUUAUUAAUGUAGAUAGUUUGUUGUGAGGUGCAGAGUGUUGGAGAUAUCAGCUGUAGAGGUCCAUCUUCUCUCUAAUAUAAUGGAACUAGAUGCUCUCUGCUUGUGGAGCUCAAAGAGCCAACAAAUACAUUUUAGAAACUCAACAGUAAAGUUUCCAGAAACCAUGACCUGGUUACACAAGAUAAUCCACAGAGCUGGUUGUGAGCAGGUUCAUGUAGGAACUAUUUUCUUUCUACAGAACUACACUCACCAGCCGUAUCACCGUGCAGCAGGAAGUGUACAUGUACUCAUGGACGAGAGGCUUGUGACAGCACGAGAUGUAAACAUUAAUGGCUUCCUCCUCGGCUGAGCUGUAACAUUAGAAAGGGGUCAUGAUUUCUGGAAAGAGAAUCUGCUGUUGAGUUAAAUGUAUUUUUUGGCUCUUUGAGCUCCACAAGCAGAGAGCAUAUAGUUCCAUUAUAUUAGAGCGAAGACAGACAUCUCUACAGCUGAUAUCUCCAACACUCUGCAGCUCACAACACAACUAUCUACAUUAUUAAAUAGUUCUACAGGUAAUGAUUGGGAUGAUUAUGGGGUGAACUGUCCCUUUUAAGGAAGAUUUGAUGUGGCUCUAAUCAGGCCAUGUUGCACUACCAAGUUACAUACAUUGUCCUACUAUCAGGGAAUCUAAAGGUACUCUAAAUAGUUUCCUUGGUGUGGAAUUAAACCAGACUGCAUUUUGAAAAUGAUUGACUUAGUACCGGUAUUUAACACUGGUCUGUAUGAGGUCAUAUCCCAGCUUCUUCUCAUAUGGUAUUAUUUUGCAGAAGCGCCUACAGAUAGUCAAGCUUUCAUGUGUCAUGGCUGUGGUCUGUCCAGUGGCUCAUCCUGGGCUCAGUCCAAGGCCCUGCCUGCCUCUCCACACAGGAGUCACAUGACUCAUCCUCCAUCUGUGCUUCUCUUCAGGUUCACGCCUCACCUUCCCAAUCUGUCCGCUCCUUUUCUCCCCAGUCUGUCCACCUCAUCUCACACACACAAUUUCCAUCCAAAUAUACUCAUUUGCUCUGACAUCCACAACUAUGCAAAGAUUAUCUGUGACUGUAAACAGGGAGAAAAACUGGCAAAAUAGGAAAGAUGUGUAUUUUUGUUCAUCUGCCUCAAUCUCUUUUUUAUUUGUCAGGGUCAUUGUUCAAUAAAAGUUGUAAUUGUAAAAUACUA